ACAGGUGACUUUUCAAAUGAAAAAUAAAAAUGUUAGGGUCUUUCCUCGCAAGCAGUAGCCUUGUACGUAUUUUGUUCUCUUGUACAGUGCCUCAAGGUUCAUUUAUUACACUUUGGAGUAGUUUUCGCGCCCAACUGGUUUUGAUUUGCGAGUUAAUCCGAACAUUUAUAAUUUUGCGUAAUAAAUCCGAUUUUACCAGUUUUUGGAGCACUGCUUGCCACAUGAAAAUUUGAAAAUGGGGUCACUGUCAGUAUUUACGUGUAUAUUGCAUGUCAUCAUCUCUGACCGUGAUGCCUUUUUCAAACCUCUGAUUAAUGGAUGGGUGCCAAAGGACGGGAGUUGGCCAUCGCAGUAAGUGAUUAACACUAUGAACUUAAGUGGACCGGAAUUCUUGUUGGAAGUUAAGGUCAACAUUUACAUGCAAGGAGGAAUACUGAUGAGGACAGUGGUGCGCAGCCAUUUAAGGAUAGUACAGUGCAGAUACUAUAUUAUUGUGUCCAAUUCAGCCCCACGUACUGCACGACGCUGCAGCCUCAUUGGGGCCAGUCGUAACAAUGAUUUUAAAGCAUGUGUUUCCGUUAUAAUGGCUUGUUGACAGCUCUCUUCCUGAAUAAGGCAACGUCGGGUCAGAAAAGGAGCCGCUGAAAAUCGAGUCAUCCGGGCCUUUCUUGUCGAUUUCCGGUCGUAGUGUUAUGCGUGAUCCUUAUUCGUCUGCUCCUUGGCGCUGGCAAUCAUGAAAUCGGCAAUGCGGUACUGUAUUGUACAUACACACGUUGCCCUUGCAUUUCCCUCCGCGUAAAGCAUAUACCGAUAUCGCAUUACUGAAUGGGACUGCCUUGACGUCAUGCUUCCCGCGUUUAGCCAUUUUCAUCCUUGUAUCCUGGCCGAACUUGAACGCACCCCGUUUCUCCUUAGGUGUAAUGAGCUGCGUCUCUUACGUUUUAACUUUUUAAUUUGUUUGAAUACUCUCACGGAUUGGGCACUACGAGUACUGCAGCGGAAAUGCCCAGCUAAACUGUUACGCUUGGAGUAUUCGCUGCACCGGCGUUGUGCAACAGUCUGUUAGCCAGUUUAUCAUUUUCGACACAAGAGUGAAAGCUUCUUGCGAAUGCUUUUCCUGUGGCCGUGUUCUUCCUAGCGGUGCAGAGAAACGCGUAAGCGCAGCGAAGUAUCGUCAUCUGAUUGGGAUUAUACCUGGUGCUACUCACUCAGUCCGCAAUUAUCGAAAAUCGGCUUAAUUGCCGUUAACGUUAAUGUACUAUUAACAAAGCGACCGCACCAGCAUAGCGGGAAGAAUUAGUUCGGCAGAGCGGGACAGGGAUGAUGGCUGGAUGAUGUCAGUGAUAAGGUUGUAAUGCGGAUUUAAAGCAGAUCGCAAUCGGAUUGAAAGAGAAUUAUUUUGACGGCGCCCUGGGUCAGGAAGUCGAUUGUGCGGCGACAUACGUUUAUAUAAUAUGCUCGGAAUCUGUCCUGCCGUUCCCGGUUUUCCAUAAACCGAAUAAGUGAUAUUCCGGCUUUUAGCCAUUUGAUACGUUAGGUAUUCUGGACAGAUGCGCAUCAGAAUAACUCUGACAUUGUGAGAGUGAAUCCAGCAGCACAUUGAAGAUGAACGAUAGUCACUUCUCGUCGGGUGCGUUAGCCGGAGACAUGGACGAUUUACCGCAUGUAGGCAGCAAUAACGUUUCGGUGGAAGUUGUUCCUGAUGGAAAAGAAAUCACCACAUAUGUCGUCAUGACGGUUUUUGUCGCAAUUUUUGUGAUUGGAAGUUGCGGCAAUCUGAUGCUUAUUUAUACCGUUCUCCGAAAUCUCAGCAUGCAAAGUCCUCAAAACAUCUAUUUGGCGACUAUGAGUUUUGCGGAUCUGUUGGUUGUUUUAAUCAGCGUGCCUUUUGCUUCGACCAUCUACAUUACGUCCACAUGGCCGUUCGGACUGGUAUUGUGCAAGUUCAACGCCAUGCUCCAGGACAUUUCCAUUGGCGUAUCCAUUUUUACACUGCUAAUACUAAGUAUAGACCGAUACACAGCUAUUGUUACUCCCUUUAAACUGCACAACAAACGUUCGACCCGUGGAUGCGCCCCGGCAAUCAAAAUUAAAAUCGUCGCAAUCUGGAUCGUGUCGAUCUUGUGCUCGCUGCCCGAUGCCAUUAAUACAACACUGGAAGAGAUAAUGAUGGCGGAUGGUCUUAAUUACCAUGCAUGCUCACCGUAUCCUAACCAGUUGGGCAUUGAAUACCACAUUACACUGGUGUUGUGUAAAUUUUUUGUUUACUUCGUCAUUCCGGUUUCUUUGAUUACCGUGGCGUACGGGUUGAUGGCCCGGCAGUUGCUGUCAUCGGCGGAUUUUCUUCCAUCGUCUGCACCUGGAAACCAACAAAACCUUCAAAAGCAAAUGAAAACGAGAAAAUCACUAGCAAAAUUGUUUCUAGUCAUGGUGCUGCUGUUUGUGUUGUGCUUUCUGCCGAAGCAUAUAUUUCUCAUUUGGUUUUAUGGAGACCCAAAUAGCAUGGACCAUUACAACUUGGGCUGGCAUAUUUUCAAACUGAUCAGCCACUGUCUGGCUUAUGUCAAUUCCUGCAUAAAUCCCGUCACCCUAUACUUCUUAUCGAAAGUGUUCCGGAGAUACUUCAAUCGGAUUAUGUGUUACGCGUGUGGACGUUGUAUACCCGGGAAAUCCGCCGAUAACGAAGAAAAGGAUUGGUUCCGGAGACCCAGUCACACCAUGCACACAUCCAUGCCGGACGUCAGCGGAUACGCUUUGGAAAACCGGCGUCGUUCGGAAAAUGCUAGUUUCCAUAAUAAUCUCAAUAUCACCAUUUCGAAGAACAAUAGCCUUAGUCCGCUUCCAGUGUAUAAUAACACUUAAUUAUAAUGAAUCUAUUGGAAGGUCGUUUCAUAACGGCACAGCUUGAUUAUUUCGUUUAGAUGGAUCUACAUAUAUUUUAUAGUACAUAUAUGCGGCGUUUGUGAAUUUAGUAAGGAUAAAAAUAUUACUGUGCAACGUGUGAUGUCUCGCAAUACGAUUUGCUUGUCAUGCGCGGUAAUAAUUAUUUUUACCUACGGGUGGGAGUUUUGCAAUGCUUUUUCUUCCUGACAUAGGCUGAUUACGAUGUAACAUGGUGGUUGUGGUCAUUAU